CCACGCGCUCCUCGAUCUCCUUGCUGCACUGCACCUGCAGUCCUGCACGUACAUAAUAGUCCCCCAAAGAUUGAUUCUCAGUUUCUCGUACAAGUGUCCUUCCAGUUAAGUUCAUGCCUCCGCCGCGUCGAUGCUUGAUCGGAGUGGUUUGACGUCACCACUUGCUUCUUGAUUUGAGCUGAGACAGAUCAUAUAUAUCGAGGCGCCAGCGCCAUGCCGGACUCGGACAACGACUCCAGUGGGCCGAGCAACGCGGGCGGGGAGCUGUCGUCGCCGCGGGAGCAGGACCGCUUCCUGCCCAUCGCCAACGUCAGCCGGAUCAUGAAGAAGGCGCUCCCGGCCAACGCCAAGAUCAGCAAGGACGCCAAGGAGACGGUGCAGGAGUGCGUCUCCGAGUUCAUCUCCUUCAUCACCGGCGAGGCCUCCGACAAGUGCCAGCGCGAGAAGCGCAAGACCAUCAACGGCGACGACCUGCUCUGGGCAAUGACCACCCUCGGCUUCGAGGACUACGUCGAGCCGCUUAAGUACUACCUCCACAAGUUCCGCGAGAUCGAGGGCGAGAGGGCGGCUCCCUCCACCACCACCACCACCGCAUCAACCACGCCGCCGCACCUGCCCGAGAUGCCAAGGAGCAACAAUGCCGGCGGUUACGCCGAGUACGGCAGCGGAGCCACCGUCCCCGCCCCGGGAGGCAUGAUGAUGAUGGGCCUUCCCACGGCACGCCGCCAGCUGUAACAGUAAAGAGUGUUCAGAGCUUGAGCAGAGCGCUUCCCCGGAUCCCUUAGGCUAACCUUGUGCAUACAAUUUCGAGGGCGUUGGUAACACCUCUACUGUUUUCCAUGCAAAGAUCUAGAUAUUGUUGCUACGAGGUGGAUACACAUACGGCCGGCCUGUAGUGUAAAAAAUAUACAAUACCAGAUGAAUAUAUGUUUUCUUUUUUA